GGGCGCGGGGCUGGGCGCGGGCCGCGGGCUGGACGCGGCGCUGGACGCGGCGCCGGACGCGGGGGCCGGCGGCCGGGCGGCGGCAGAGUGGUGACACCGAUGGCCGGAGUGUGACGGGGCCGCCGUGAGGGCCGAGGGGACGCGGAGCCGUGCGGCGGUCAGAACCUUAGCUGGGGUUGGCCCCUCACCAGAGGCAAAAUGAUGAGUGACGCGAGCGACAUGCUGGCGGCCGCGCUGGAGCAGAUGGACGGCAUCAUUGCAGGCUCCAAGGCCCUGGAGUACUCCAACGGCGCCUUCGACUGCCAGUCGCCCACGUCCCCGUUCAUGGGCAGCCUGCGGGCGCUGCACCUCGUGGAGGACCUGCGCGGGCUGCUGGACGUGAUGGAGCCGGACGAGCGGGAGGGGCUGCGCUGCCAGGUGCCCGACUCCACGGCCGACGCCCUUGCCGCCUGGCUGCAGAGCCACAUGACCAACGGACACGUGUCGGGGAACGGGGACGUGUACCAGGAGAGGCUGGCGCGCCUGGAGAACGACAAGGAGUCGCUGGUCCUGCAGGUCAGCGUGUUGACGGACCAGGUGGAGGCGCAGGGGGAGAAGAUCCGAGACCUGGAGUUCUGCCUCGAGGAGCACCGGGAGAAGCUGAACGCCACGGAGGAGAUGCUGCAGCAGGAGCUGCUGAGCAGGACGUCCCUGGAGACGCAGAAGCUGGACCUGAUGGCCGAGGUCUCCAACCUGAAGCUGAAGCUGACGGCCGUGGAGAAGGACCGGCUGGACUACGAAGACCGCUUCAGGGACACGGAGGGCCUGGUGCAGGAGAUCAGCGUCCUGAGGCUCAGGGUCAGCGAGAUGGACGGCGAGAAGCUGCAGUAUGAGAAGAAGCUCAAGUCCACCAAAUCCUUAAUGGCCAAACUCUCUAGCAUGAAAAUCAAGGUGGGUCAGAUGCAGUAUGAGAAGCAGCGGCUGGAGCAGCACUGGGAGCCCCUGAAGGAGGAACUGGCCUCCUUAAAGGAGCAGCUGGAAGAACGGGAAUCCGAGGUCCAGAGGCUGCAGGAGAAGCUGGUGUCCACCAUGAAAGGCGAAGGGCCCGACAUCCCGGACCGAGACGAGCACUUAAGAAAGAAGCUGAAGGAGAAAAAUGUGGAAGUGCAGAAGAUGAAGAAGGCCAUGGAGUCCUUGAUGGCCGCCAAUGAGGAGAAGGACCGGAAGAUAGAAGAUCUGCGGCAGUGCCUGAACAGGUACAAGAGGACGCAGGAGCCCCCGGCCGCCGGCGCGAAAGGCCCCGACGGCGACUCGGACGAGCUGCUCACCUGCAGCAGCUCCUUCUCCACCCUGCUGGACGCGCCCGGCCUCAGUGACCUGGACAGGGGCCCGCCGCCCGCCUCGGCCCCCGGUUCCCCCAGCCGCGACCCCCUCCACGGCAGCGCGCCCGACGAGCUCCUGGGCGGAGGGGUCCUGCAGCUUUCCCUGCCAGCACCCGGGGGUGCAGAGACGUCGGAGAAGAUCAAACUGCCCCCCCUGGAGACCUCGUUUGAAGAUGAUGUCGUCCCCCUCCCCGCUGUCGCGCUGGACCCCCGCCCUUGCGACAGCCCUCCGGCGUCCAGCCUGCAGAAGGCCGGCAGCCUGGGCAGCCUGCGGAGAGAGCCCUCGGACGGCGCGGGCCUGGGCAGCCUGCGGAGAGAGCCCUCGGAUGGGGCCAAGGCCGCUGCAGAGGGCAGCCUGCCCGGGACGCUGCCCCCCAGGGCCCCGAGCCACGGCGCCGCCAUGGACGACAGCCCCUUCGGCACGCGCAAGGCCAGGUCGUCCUUCGGCCGUGGCUUCUUCAGGAUCCGGGGUAACAAGAGGACGGCGAGCGCGCCCAAUCUGGACCGUGAGCGCAGUGCCAGCGCGCCCACCCUAGCCGACACAGAGCAGGAGCAGGCCGAGCGCCUGGACCUGGCGGGGUCUUCGCGGCCCAGAGGCCCCCAGGCGGGCAGCCCCUUCCAGGGGACGCCCACGUCUCCGGACUCCAGGAAGAAAUCCCGAGGCCUCAUGAAGCUCUUCGGCAGGCUCCGGCGCAGCCAGUCGACCACCUUCAACCCAGAGGACAUGUCCGAGCCGGAGUUCAAAAGAGGGGGCACGAGGGCCACUGCGGGGCCCCGGCUGGGCUGGUCUCGAGACCUGGGGCAGUCCAACAGUGACCUGGACAUGCCAUUCGCCAAGUGGACGAAGGAGCAGGUGUGCGGCUGGCUGGGUGCGCAGGGCCUGGGCUGCUACCUGGGCGCCGGCAGGCACUGGAUCUCCUCGGGGCAGACGCUGCUGCAGGCGUCCCCGCAGGACCUGGAGAAGGAGCUGGGGAUCAAGCACUUGCUUCACCGCAAGAAGCUGCAGCUGGCGCUGCAGGCCCUGGGCUCGGAGGAGGAGACCAACCACGGGAAGCUGGACUUCAACUGGGUCACGAGGUGGCUGGACGACAUCGGCCUCCCCCAGUACAAGACGCAGUUUGACGAGGGCCGGGUGGACGGGCGGAUGCUGCAUUACAUGACGGUGGACGACCUGCUGUCCCUGAAGGUGGUCAGCGUGCUGCACCAUCUGAGCAUCAAACGGGCCAUCCAGGUCCUGCGCAUCAACGGCUUCGAGCCCAACUGCCUGCGGAGGCGGCCCUCCGACGAGAACAGCGUCACGCCCCUGGAGGUGCAGCAGUGGACCAACCACCGCGUGAUGGAGUGGCUGCGCUCCGUGGACCUGGCCGAGUACGCCCCCAACCUCCGGGGCAGCGGCGUGCACGGAGGGCUCAUGGUCCUGGAGCCCCGAUUUAACGUCGAGACCAUGGCGCAGUUACUGAACAUCCCACCCAGUAAGACGCUGCUGCGGAGACACCUGGCCACGCAUUUCAACCUGCUCAUCGGCGCCGAGGCCCAGCACCAGAAGCGCGAGGCCAUGGAGUCGCCCGAGUACGUGCUGCUGACCGCCACGGCCAAAGUGAAGCCAAAGAAACUGGCCUUCGGGAAUUUCGGGAACCUAAGGAAGAAGAAGCAGGAGGACGGGGAAGAGUAUGUGUGUCCCAUGGAACUGGGCCAGGCGUCGGGGAGCUCGUCCAAGAAGGGCUUCAAGCCCGGGCUAGACAUGCGCCUGUACGACGAGGAUGACCUGGACCGGCUGGAGCAGAUGGAAGACUCGGAAGGGACAGUGCGGCAGAUCGGGGCGUUCUCCGAAGGCAUCAACAACCUGACGCACAUGCUCAAGGAAGACGACAUGUUUAAGGACUUCGCCGCGCAGUCGCCCAGCGCCAGCAUGACGGACGAGGACUCCAACGUGUGACCCUCGUGGCGCCCGGCGGGCGCUUGGGCCUCCCCCGCUUUCUCGCCGCAGCCCCCCGCGAAGAGUCGCGCGGGGGGCCCGGCCCGACACCAGCUCGCGAGAGGAGUCGCGGGUGCUGAGAGCGCGGCCACCCCAACGCCCCCCACGAACGGCACGAGCCCGCGACCUUCUGGCUGCAAAGUGUGGCGGGGCCGGGCGCCACACCUCCGCCCAUGUGCGCGGCGCGGGGGCUCCUGGGAGUGGCGCGGGGGGUUCUGGGAGCCCGCCCGGCCCCGAGGACCCGUUUGCAAAGACCCGGCCGUGGGCUGGGCUCGGGGCUGGCCGCGCCCCCGCCCCUGGCCUCUUACUGUCUUAUUUUUAUAUAUUUUUCUAAAUAUAUGUAUAUAUUUAGUACAUAGGAAAAUGCAACUUUUAUUUUGUGGCCUAAGGAAGAAGGUUUUUAAAAACAGCAAAAUAAAGACCCCAUUUAAGAGACAGGGUUUUUAUAAUGAACUUCAGCCUUAAACGUGGAUGCUUUUACCUCAGAGGGAAGAACUCCAGGGACAUUUAAAGACUAUGCACUUGUAUGCAUUUAGCAGCCCCCCCGCAAAAAAAAAGAAAAAUUGGUAGAAAUAAUUUUUGCAGAAACCAAAACACAGCAAAUACCUUUACAGUAUUAAGGUUUUUAUUUUCCUCCCUGCGAAACUGCAGCAUUACAUCCGAAAACAUCUGCCCGGUGAAUUCAUGUUAUUGUUGCACAUUUCUCAGGCUACCCCGAUGGGGAUGUUCAGCAGCACAACAACUGUUUGUUUCCACCAGAGUUCAGUACCGUGGAGGCUGCAAAAUCAGUUUACAGCCACCGGUUAGUAACGGUGCAGGGCAGCUCUGCGUGGGCUUGGGUUUUGUUUCUUUCUUUUUUUUUUUUUUUUUUACUUUUUUUGGUAGCAGAGACCCCAAAUAUUCUUUAUAAAGAAAAUAGCAAUAACAAAAAACUGUUGAUUAUUUUAGGAGCGUUAGGGGAAAAAAAUCUGUUCCUUGUUCGGCGCUGUGUCAUCAUGCAUGACGGCCAAGUGUGCUGGACGCUGGUGUCAGAGGGGGCAGCUUUCUUGUCCGUGCCGGCCCACAGGGUCACCAGCUGUGACAGCGUCUUUCGAGCAGCCGCCAAGCUGUCCCGCUGUGCUUUGCGGAACCUUCCCACUGUCACUGUUUAUUCUAAGCAGAUGAUCUGAAGCUCGCCACUGCCGCCAGCCCCACCUCCCUCACCUGUGACUGCUCGGGAUUGCUCCUGCAUUUGUGUCUCGUUUUAACGUGAUUACUCUUCACCAUUCAAAAAAAAAAUUGUUAGCCCAUCCUGGUUUCAAAACACAAAUCCCAGGACACUGUUACAGAUGCCAAAAUACUCUACGGAGGACUGUCACGGGAGUGACGAUAUAUAAUGAAACUUUCCUGAUGAUAUAUUUUAUUUACGGGAUACUAUACACUCUGGUAUUACCACAUGAGAGGAAAUAAAGUUCAUUGAUAAUUAC